AUGCCCAACCCGGCUUUGCCGAAUAUGGUGCAUUAUUACCCGAUCUGGACUUCCCAUUUCAGCGAUGGGAACGAAGCAUUUCUUCUUCCAGACGAUGUCCUUUCUAAUCGUCUAGCCACUUAUGUGUGGUCGCAUCGAGAGUUUAUGGCCGCUCGCAGCCUCGCGGGGAAAUUACUACAAGGAAAGCGUGACGAUGCGGCCGACGAGAUUUUCAGCUGGCUCCAUCGUCGUCGAUUAGCCUUGAGUUCUUGGACGAUGCAGCUCUACUGCGACAUUGUGGAGACGAUCACACCACAAACACGCAUGUCUCGCACUGUACGACGGCAGCUACAAGCCUGUAUCUGCCUAGCUGUUUCGUACGGCAUGUCGUUUGUAUACAGCUUCACACUCCCUCUUCAGAAAUGGCUCCUGUACAUACCAAUCCAGCAUCUCCGAUCCCAAGUCGAGAUUUUGGUCCAAUACAUGUCGAAGCGCGGCACUCUGACAUCGUCUUCAUCGUCCAACGAACCAAGGACUUCACUCUCCCACCAUGAACCACUACCGUACCUGUUCCUCGUCGGCGCCUGCGCGGGACAAAUCUCCGACGAUGCCGGAAAGAGACCUGAACUCCUUGUCGACCGGCGUUGGCACUCGACAAGGUUCGCUAGGAUUUCACAACUGCUGGGUCUCCGCACGUGGCGCGAAGCACAGAAGAUCCUCAAGCGCUUUAUUUAUCAGGAAGGUGUGAUGGAUCGGUUCGUCGAGGGGCCUCUUCGAGCAGAGAGCGGAAUUGUUGCGGUUUGGCAAUGUGCUGGAUCAUUAAAAAUUUUACACCUCACGUAA